GUUAGAUUCGUCUAGAUUAAUAUUAUCAAAUUAUAGUAACUUUUUUUAUAUUUUUUACGUGUGCACAACUAAAGUUAUUAAUGAUUAAAGAAGCGCAUUGAAUAGCAUGAAAAAGCAACAUUUAAAACAGAACGGAGGAAAUAUAUAUUUUCAUGGAAUUCUUUAAAAAUUGUCCUAAUUGACUGUUGUUGUCUAUGCAUUACUUUGACUUUUAAUAUAUCUAAAUAUAAUAGUAGUAAUCUAAAUGACAAAUUUUUUAUACAUUGAAACUAUAUAUAUUGAUGUGAUGUAACGAGAGUAAUAUUUAUAAUGGCGAGAGAAAAUGGUCAAAGAUUGAUAAAUCGGAUCAUUAAGUAAAACAAGACAAUUAUUUGAGGACGGAUGGAGUAUUUAAUAGUAUUUACAUAGGAUCGCAUUUGAUGGUCAUUGAAUUUGCAGGCUAAAGAUGUGAGUCUGAAAUCAGAAAUGUUAUGCGUAUAUCCAAGCAGUCCAUCUUGUGCUCUUGGCAUAAUUGCAGCAAUAUUUCUACUAGCCGAGCAAAUUGUAAUUACUGUUGCUACGAAUUGCUAUUGCUGUUGCGGAGUACGUUGUUCUCUACGUUGCACUGCUAUCACGUCGUUGGUUUUAUUCGUUUCUUCCUGGUCAACCUUUGUGAUAGCUUUCAUGGGACUGAUAUAUACGGCAAUCCUCAACAACACUGAUUAUCUUACAAAAGCAUAUCCUGGAAACAAUGGUAAAGUUUGCAAUGUGGGAAAUGCAGCUUUGUUCCUUGGCACUGCAUGUUGGUGCGUAAUUAGCACCGGUUUAGGCCUCAUCUCUUACGCUUUCUGGGUGUGCGGUAUUGGUGGCAGCAAUAAUGAUUCGAACGAGGUUAACCAGGAGCAAGGUGUUUCCAUGGGAGAGCCUCACAUGCCACCAGCAAAGGAACAAUGUUGAUAAAAUGUUAGAUUCUAUGUUGUAUAAAACCAAUGACGAAGGAUGCAAGUAAAAUCAGUUUCCUUGUAGAGCUAAAGCUAACAAAUGUUAGAUCA